AGGUUGCUGGGAUGCUGCAGUUUGCCGAAGCGACACACAGCGAAUCAAACCUCAGCAAACUGAUGGUCUCUCAGAUGAGUGAUGCUUUGGAUGCCAAAGACUCGGAUGCGUUCACGCAGAACAUGUUCAAGAUGACCGCGCUGCUUAUUAGCACUAAAGAUUGGGAUCUUCAGCUGCUGCAUCAUCUUUGCUGGUCUCCUCUGAAGAUGUUCACAGAGCAGGGCAUGGAGACGGCCAUCGCCUGCUGGGAAUGGCUGCUCGCUGCCCGCAAUGGGAUUGAAGUCCAGUUCAUGCGUGAGAUGGCGGGCGCCUGGCAGAUGACCGUAGAGCUGAAGAUGGGCUUGUUUUCGGAAACUGAAUCAGAGGCCGAUCCUUUAGCUGCUUCAGAAGAGAGUCAACCGCUGCCCCGUCCACCCAACGUCACACCGCAUUCGCUCUGGAUUGAGUUUCUAGUGCAGAGAUUUGAAAUCGCCAAGUACUGCAGUGCUGAUCAGGUGGAGAUCUUCACCGGUGUCCUGCAGAGGGCACUGUCCCUCAGUGUCGGCGGACCCAAGAGCUGCCUGAACCGCCAUGUAGCUGCUAUAGGACCCCGAUUCAGGCUCCUGACUCUCGGUCUCACUCUUCUUCAUGCUGAUGUGGUCACUAAUGCCACCAUCCGUAACGUCAUGAGAGAGAAGAUCUACUCUACUGCCUUUGAUUAUUUCAGUGUGGCUCCACGGUUCCCCACGCAGCCGGAGAAACGCUUGCGUGAAGACAUCAGCAUCAUGAUUAAGUUCUAUGCGUGUCUGCUGUCAGAUAAGAAAUAUCUCACAGCCACUCAACUCGUCCCACCAGAUCCUCAGGACGUGUCGGUGAACAGUCUGUCGGUGAUGGCUGUGACGGACUCCAGGAGCAGUUUGGAUGCGGCUGUGGGUUCCAGACAGCAGGCCACACAGGGCUGGAUCAACACGUACCCGCUGUCCAGUGGCGUCUCCACUCUCUCCAAGAAAUCAGGUCUUUCAAAGAAGACGAACAGAGGAACUCAGCUGCAUAAAUACUUCAUGAAGCGCAGGACGCUGCUGCUGGCCCUGCUGGCCAGUGAGGUGGAGCGUCUGACCACGUGGUACAAUCCUCUGGGCAGCCAGGAGCUGCAGAUCUCUGCUGAACAGUCUGUGGAGACCAGCAUCACCAACUGGAGGUCAAAAUACAUCAGCCUGACUGAGAAACAGUGGAAGGACAACGUUAAUCUAGCGUGGAGCAUCUCGCCGUACCUCGCCCUACAGCUGCCGGCCAGGUUCAAGAACACAGAAGCCAUUUUCUCAGAAGUGACCCGUCUGGUUCGGUUGGAUCCGGGAGCCGUCAGUGACGUUCCUGAGGCUGUGAAGUUUCUGGUGACGUGGCACACGAUCGACGCUGAUUCUCCUGAGUUGAGUCAUAUCUUGUGUUGGGCUCCGGCUGAUCCUCCAACGGGCCUGUCGUAUUUCUCCAGCAUGUAUCCGCCGCAUCCGCUGACCGCUCAGUACGCCGUCAAAGUCCUGCGCUCCUUCCCGCCUGAUGCAAUUCUGUUUUACAUCCCACAAAUUGUUCAGGCCCUCCGUUAUGACAAGAUGGGGUACGUGAGAGAAUACAUCCUGUGGGCGGCACAGAAAUCUCAGCUUCUGGCCCAUCAGUUCAUCUGGAACAUGAAGACCAACAUCUACACAGAUGAGGAGGGACACCAGAAAGACCCUGACAUCGGGGAUCUUCUGGAGCAGCUGGUUGAAGAGAUCAUCGGUUCUCUCUCGGGUCCGGCGAAAGAUUUCUAUCAGCGCGAGUUUGACUUUUUCAACAAGAUCACCAAUGUCUCAGCCAUUAUAAAGCCGAUUCCUAAAGGUGACGAGCGGAAGAGAGCGUGUCUGCGAGCCCUGUCUGAUAUCAAAGUCCAGCCAGGCUGUUAUCUGCCCAGUAACCCUGAAGCUAUAGUCUUAGACAUCGACUACAAAUCAGGAACACCAAUGCAGAGUGCUGCCAAAGCGCCGUAUCUGGCCAAAUUUAAGGUGAAACGCUGUGGAGUGAGUGAACUCGAAAAAGAGGGUUUACUGUGUCGCUCAGACUCGCUGGAUGAAGCUCAGAGUGGAGAAGAGGCACAGAAGAUCUGCUGGCAGGCGGCCAUCUUUAAAGUAGGAGACGACUGCAGACAGGAUAUGUUGGCUUUGCAGAUCAUUGGUCUGUUUAAGAACAUUUUCCAGCUGGUGGGGCUUGAUCUGUUCGUUUUUCCAUAUAGGGUGGUUGCUACAGCACCAGGGGUGAGUUUUAUUGUAUUUUAUUGUAUUGUAUUUUAUUGUUUUAUUUACUAUUAUUUUAUUUAUUUAUUUUAAAUAUGUAC